AGAUGAGAGGGGGCGGGUCCGAGUUGACGGUGCGCUGCUUUGCUCAAGGUGUGGCCUUGUUUUUAUUAUCUACGGGCAGUUUCAACUGAAAUAUUUCAGGCGAGGACAGAACCAGCGACAGGAGCUCAGUUUAACCACAGAAGUCCUCUUGUCGAUCCUGCGUGUGAAGCAGCAGAAGAUUCAGCAAUGUCCUCCAGGCCCAAGGACAGUCCGCCUCCUUAUGAGUCAGACAAUGGAUAUAACAUCCCACCCCAGCCAGCUUACUCCUAUUACCCAGAUGAUGAGUUCCUUCAUUUCUACCGCUGGACAUCUCCUCCGGGCAUCAUCAAAAUCAUGGCCAUCAUCGCCGUCGUACUGUGUGUGGCCAUUUUUGCUUGUGUUGCCUCCACGCUGGCUUGGGACACCCAGAUGGGUCUGAGUGGCUUUGGGGGCAUUGGAGGAGGCUAUGGGGGCUAUCAGCCGGGAUAUGGCACCGGUGGGUACGGCUCUUUUGGUGGUGGAGGAUAUGGAGCUGGAAACAACUACGGCUACGGUUCACUAGGAGGUAACUACACCGACCCUCGAAAGGGCAAGGCCUUCCUCAUCGCUAUGGCAGCCAUCACCUUCAUCGCAGUCCUGGCCGUCUUCAUCAUAAUUGUGUCUCGGCAAGGCCUGUCUCAGUCGAGGAGGUUCUAUCUGGCUGUGGUGAUCGUGUGCGCCAUCCUUGCGCUGCUGAUGUUUAUAGCCACCAUAGUGUAUCUCAUGGCAGUGAACCCCACGGCCCAGUCGUCUGGAUCGGUCUAUUCCAGCCAGAUAACCGGCCUGUGUGCCCAAUUCCAGCAACCGCAGGUUUCAGGAGCGUUUGUCAACCAGUACCUCUACCACUACUGUGUUGUGGAGCCACAAGAGGCGAUCGCGGUGGUGUUUGGCUUCCUGGUUACUGCAGCUCUGAUCAUCAUUCUGGUGUUUGCGCUCAAGACCCGUCAGAAAAUCCAGAACUAUGGAAAGAGCAACAUUUUGUGGAGGAGGGUGAAGGAAGUGGAUGAGGUAGCGCCACCUCAGGACGUCGAGGCAUGGGUGAACAAUGUGUCAGUCGUUCCCGAAGAGAUGCCAAUGUCGAACUACCCCGCGCAUUUAGCAGGGUCCAGGAGCCACCUCGAUGACAACAGCACAAACUAUGACAAGCCACCGUACAGCUACACCCCGGAGCCUCCAGUGGAGGACCGUGAGCUUGUGCGAAACGGCACCCCCUACAGCGGGAACCCAGAGGUGGCCAGCUCAGCCGGGAAGCCCAAGAAGAAGCGCCGGCCACGUCGCCGAGCCAACGGACAGGACUACGACACGGACUACGCCUCCUCUGGAGACGAGCUGGACGACAACGACUUCGACAGUGAAUUUCCUCCCAUAGCGAAUGAGCAGGAGCGUGCUGACUACAAGCGCGAGUUUGACCGCGACCACCAAGAAUACAAAGACCUUCAGGCAGAGCUGGAUGCCAUCAACAAGAAUCUGUCAGAUGUCGACAAAGAGCUGGACGAGCUGCAGGAGGGCAGCCCGCAGUUCCUGGAUGCACUGGAUGAGUACCACAGACUUAAAGACAUUAAAAAGUCUGCAGAUUACCAGAUGAAGAAGCGCAGGUGUAAAUAUCUGAAGGGCAAGCUGUCUCAUAUCAAGAGGAUGGUCAGCGAUUAUGACCGCAGGGCCUGAACCUUUCCUCCAAGAUUACACUUGUGUCCCCGACCGAGGGGCUGGAUGAGCUCUGGAGUGCGCUGGAGGCUUUACUGACAGUCACCAAGCCUGAGGAGCAUCGUGUAAAGGAUGGACCUGCUGGUGUCAUGCCAGUCUAAGCUGUGCAUGGAAGCUCUCGCGGUCUUCCUGAACUCACAGCAGGUGAAAAUUUUUAAGGGCUGUUGUUGGAAUUUUUGAACCGUGGAAAACAAAUUUUCUGUCUUGUAUUAUGCCCACAUUUGUAUUUUGAAUAUCAGCUGCCAUGGAUACUGUUAUCCUGAUAUCUUGAUAUUUAUUUUUCCUUAUGCAAUCUGUAUGCAUUUGUCUAACAAAGCUUCUAGUUUGAGGAGUGAACACAUGAACACAUUAUUAACACAAGUCCAUUUUUACUACCAGUUGCUUAUAAUGACUCAGGUUGAGAUGAUCCGUUUUACUGUCUUUUUAUUAUUUUUAGUUUGUAAUAAAUUUUUUUAGGUCAGUGUAAACAUGUAAAUAUGUGGGAAAUACUGUGAUGUUCUUAAUAUUCUAAUAGCAUUUUUUUUUAAGUGUGUUAUGGUAUUUUUCUUUGUACAAGCCACACAACAGACAGGACACUUCACAAUGAUAAUGCAUUUUUAAUGCUCACUGCUUUUUUUAACAGCUACUUUUUACAAGUCUACUUUCAUAAUGAUUUGUGAUACUUUUAUUGUAAUAAAUUGAUUUAUUAACCAUU